CUAAUGCCACACGUUGUAAAAUUUACAAUGGGUGUUGUUUCUGGAAGACUUUCUGUAAAGAAAAUAUCACCUUCAGGUAACAUAUCUUUUCUUAAAAUCAUGAAGCUGCCUGAAGAGGGUACCUGCAACAGAAACUUCAGUCAAGGAUUCCCUUCCAAGUCAAAAGUUCAUUGUUCUAGAGCAUUCCAGUUAGGGAACUUUACAAUGGAACAUGGAGACAGAUUGUGUACAGAGUUUACCUCCUAUGGUGGAGGCUACUUGACUGUUAAGCCCAUCAAUUCAAGUCCAUCACCCACACAGUAUUACCGACAAACUGCAUCGACAGAAACGAAAUGCUUCCAAUACGAUAGAAAACCUCCUCAACACUGUAGCGAGACAUUAAAGUGUGGUUCGGAGCCUUUGAAAGUGAUUCCAACUCUUUCCCGAUCACCAAAUGUUACAAUUAUGUUCGAUGGUUGGUUUGAUGGUAAUGUCUACAGAAAUGGAACUGGAAACAACGGCGUUGAAUCAUAUGAAGUUGUAGUCCAUCCUAUGACAGUAGCAGGAGAUAAACUGCAAGUAGAUCAAACGAAAACACUUUAUAAGUAUGAGAGUUUUAAUGAAACAACUUUAGAGUUAAGUCUGUCUGCAGCACCAGGAGUUUAUGCGGUAUAUCUCACCAUCAAAGAUUUUGCUCACAAUGCCCAGUAUGCUCGCAAAUUCUUUCUCUAUGACAACAGUUCCUUGAUUGAAGCCAGAAAUAUUCCUCUACCGAAAGUUAUUUCAAAAACUGGUCGAAGUGACAUCCCUUGGUAUUCAGAUGAAGAAAACGCCUGUAUCACAUGGUACAAUCUUUUUAUGAACACUUUUCUUGAAACGUAUUUGAAACCAAUAAAGGAAGAUAAUACUAUACCAGAAAAGUAUGACCACAUUUCUGGUCUACUCAACAUUAAUGGUACUGAAAACAUACAAGGAAUAGAUCAAUUCACUUACCGUUUCCAAGUGAAUAAUGAGAAUAUUUCUGUAGAAAAUUUGACUUCACCUAAUAACAACCAGACACAAUGUUUCCAAGAUACCUUACAAGACGGAGAUUCUCUGAGAAUAUGGGUGACUGCAAGAGACAUUAUGAACCAGACAUUGUCCAAGAAUAUAACGAUAUAUAUUGACCGAAGUGCUCCUUCUAUUGAAGAAUUUUCAUUGACCAAAGAUGGGCACCAAAGAUUGUAUAUGCAUAAUUCUUCUGAUUUAUCCUCAAUGGUUGUUAAAAUUGAUGCUAUUGAUCAACACAGUGGUUUAAAACAAGUUCAGUGGAUUUUGGGAACAAAAGAUGGUUCCAAUGAUAUUGGGGCUGGUUCACUUCCAGUAGUUAAACUUGGUGAUUAUGUUUCAUGUACCCCUGAAACUCCCUGCUAUUGCCCACAACAUGGGCCGUGUCAAAUGAAAAACUUUACGCUCACACUCAAUGCCCUCAUAGCAGCAAGAACUCAUAAGGGUCAGCAUAAUCGACGUUAUUUUGCUGCUAUCCGAGUUGAAAAUAUGGCAGGUCUUUUCAACGAAGAACAUCUGGAUAUAGUUUUGGAUGAAUCUCCUCCCAGCACAGGUUCUGUCAAGGAAGGAAAAAAUACACUUCCUGAUUUAGAUUUCACAGGAAGUGAAAAUUUAACUGUGAACUGGAACGGAUUUGUUGAUCAUGAAUCUGAUAUAUAUUAUUAUGUUGUUGGCAUUGCACCACGUUGCUUAACCAAAUUAGAACUGACCAGUCCAUGUUAUUCCUGUAAUAUCUCAUAUGACAUCAUAAAUACUACGAAAACCUCUGCUCAGUUUUCACUUAAAAAAGCUGGAAAGUACUUCUCAACUGUUAUCGCUUACAAUUAUGCUUUGGAGGCAUCUGACGCAGUAUGCUCUGAUGGAGUGGUCUAUGAUGAGACCCCACCAAAACUAAAGGAUGUUGUACUUACUGGAGCUAAAACACAGGAGACUGUUGCUUGCUAUAAUGGAAAGGUUUGGAGAAUAAACUUUGAUUUAACCAAGAAGCUUUUAACCCCAGCUGAAGUCUGCUUUCAGAACUGUAGUUCUAUUGCUUCCAAUUCAAUUCUAGAAAUCCUGAAAGAAAUAAUUAGUGACACUAUGGUCAAAGCAAAUAUUUGUCCAAACAAUUUCUCUUCAUCACAGAUUAAUCUAAUUGGUAUUCCAUCUAACAAUAUUCACUUGUCUUGGAAAUACAUAGAAGAUGAGAGUGAGAUUCUUGACUUCUUUGUUGGUAUAAGCAGCCGCCAACAGUUGGAACAGCACCCUGACAUUAUGGCAUACACAUCAACCAGCCAGAAGACUAGAUUCCAGAAGCACAGAUUGGGCAUUAAACCAGGAGACAGAUUCUACAUUUUCAUCCGAUCAGUGAACAAGGCUAUGUAUAGUAAAACAACAGUUAUUGGACCCUUAGUUUACGAUCAGUCUCCCCCAAUUUAUAAUGGGGGCUUAAAUGUAAGCUUGAAUGAGGAAUUCAUUAAUGUUUUGUGGCAUAAUGACUCCUUUUAUGACCCAGAGGAAAAUUCUGAUCUCCUCAUCACUUACCAAAUAAAGAACAGUUUAACUAAAGAAGCUGUGACACCCAAGUGGACUGCACAGGGACAUAGUAUCUGUCCUGGAGGACUUCAUUGCAUAAAGCUGAACAUUGAUAAGAUGGGUAUUGCAGAGCCAGACACUUCUCUCUCAUAUUUCUUUGAACUUAACAUAUUUAACAUGGCUGGUCUCUUCACAACAGCAGCUUCUCCUCCUUUCCAUCUCCCAAUGAAACAUCCAUUUAACCAUGGCAGAGUUAUUGACUUAAAUCCAGCCUCUGAAUCAGACAAGCAAAUUCAUAUGCAUAGUACCCUCAACAAAGCUUGCAUAAGUCUGGAAGAUUUUCAUCCCAGCAUGAAGUUGCUUGUUGGAAUAGGUUCAAAUCGUUUCACUGCAGAUGUGGUACCAUUUCAACCUGUGACCAACAAGAGACGCUACUGCAUAUCCAGUCCUAAUAUUAAAAGUUUCCACAAAUAUUUCACGGUCGUGAAUAUGACAAUGCAUUCACGGAGCUUGCUUAUUGCAUCUGAUGGAUUUAUUAUCAUUGAUCAACAGAAAAUUGAGAAACAGGUUAACAUCUUCAAUGGCCAGAAUGGAUGUUCACACAAUGACUCCAUUAAAAUAUCAUUCCACAACAAUAACAAAACAAAAAUAUUUGAGGUCAAGUUUUUACAGGACGUUGUUGUUGGACAAUUGUACAUGAUAGGCUUUGAAGCAGCUGAUGGACAUUUCAAUGUGAGUGGCAAUAUGGUCAAAACAAUGCCACACCAAUCAGUUUCUUUCGAUAACACUGUCUAUCGGUCUUUUAUUGCAUUGAAUCCAAGACCCACCAUUCAAGUAUCAUUCAAAUUGGGACUAACUAACAGAAGCAAGAUUCCUCAACCGAUAUUGAGAACAUGUCCAGUCAGUGUCAAUUUCCAAACAUCAAAACACCAGAUGUCAGCUAACUGGGAAAUAAAGGGACCCUAUUCACGAUAUGUGACCCACUUUCAGCUAAGGUUGGUAGACAGAACUUGUCUGAACAAUGGUGGGAAAAUAUGUUCUGUGAUGAAUCCUCGUCAUUUGGAGAAAGUGUUUCAUGCCAAUCAGAAGAACUUAAAUUUAAUAAGUGGUCAUAAAUAUAGCUUUUCAAUACAGGCUUGUGCAGGAGAAGCUGGCUGCACAAAACCAGUUUUGUCUGCUGGGGCUUUAAUCCUUGAUAAAAUUCCUAUUGAAGGCAAGAUCCAAGCUCAUUUGUUAACUUCUCAAAAUGGGUCACAGAUCAAAGUUCAGUGGGAAGGGUUUAAUUGCAUAUCUGGCAGUCAUGUGACAGAUCCUAUCGUAUUUCAACUGAAUGCCUUUUACCAAAACCAAUCUUUGUUCCAUCCUGCUCACUAUAUUAUGAACCCUAAAAACCAAAAAGUAUUUCAGGACCAGAUUAUGUUCAAUCGUACUCUCCGAGGGACUGAAACUAUAAGCUUGACAACUUAUUGUCUGUCAGGUCUGACCAGAGAAACGAAAGUUCCACUCUUGAUUGACAAUCAAGAUUCAAAAACUAGUGAUACCAACCUCGAGAUCUGUGAAUUCAGGACUGACCUUGCUGCUUCUGUAAAUCUUUUUUCUGUGACUGAUCCAAAAGUGAUUGAUCGUUUCUGCAGUCAUAAUGAAACUGACUUCAUCUCACAUACGAAUGGCCAAGUUGGUGCCAUUGUAACAGAGUUUACUGUCACUGUCUCAGACUGGUUUUUGAUGUUUGUGGCAGAACCACCCGUAGAUCAAUGUUCCAGUACAAUAAACUGUUUGAAAACUUUGAAAUCAAACAGUAAAACAAUAAUAUUUGAUAUCAAAGACAUACCAUCAAAUAAGAUAUAUUACAUAUGUGUUAAAGGAGUGAAGAGCUUACCUUCAGGCAUUUUCCAGCCAUAUGGUUCUUGUGGAGAUGGGUUCUUAGUUGAUGCUGACCCACCAUUAAAAGGACAUGUCAUGAUUGAGAACUCUUACAAUGGUUUUCUUAGUACUCUUGAUACCAUUGUUAUCCACUGGGAUGGCUUCACUGAUAAAAACACUGUAUUUAUAAAUCCGUUUUAUCCUCGAAUUGCUUCUUAUUCAUAUUCUAUAGGCAGUUAUCCAGGAACUCAUGAUAUUGUUGCUCCUGUUGAUGUUGGUGUAACCAGUCAAGCAGUAUGUGAAAAAUUAUCUCUUCCAAAUGGUCAACAGAUCUUUGUAACUGUUACAGCCUAUGACUUGUCUGGUCUCAGUGUAGAUGCAACAUCUGAAGCUGUCAUCAUCGAUGUAAGUCCACCACAAAAUGGAACUUUAAAUAUCGGCAGUGUCACUGGUCACUUUCAUUAUAUUGAUACCAAUGAACUAACCAUUUACUGGAAUGGUUUCACAGACCAAGAAAGUGGAAUCAUUUCCAAAAUGCUGGGUAUUGGCACUCUUCCACUUCAAGAUAACGUAAUGGCUUUCUAUGAACAGUUUAAAGAAUUUUCAGAGAUUGGGGAUAAGAGUGUUCUAAAAGAUGGUCGAGAAUAUUAUGCAACUUUAAAGGUAAUUAAUGGUGCCGGAUUGGAAAAUACAGCAGUUUCUGAGCCAUUUAUAACUGAUUCUUCUCCACCAAUUGAAGGAAUUGUGAUGGAGGUUUCAUCUGCUGCAAAGAGCGAUACUGAAUAUCAACGAGACAUAUCUAAACUGGAAGCUCAAUGGUUUGGCUUUUCUGACCCACAUACUGAAAUAUUAUUUUACCGUGCUGGUGUGGGUACUGCCCCACUACAAGAUGAUGUCAUUAGAAUGACAAAUAUGGGACAAGAAACUGGUCACAUCUGGAAGAGAGCCUUUACUCCAGGAAUAAAAUAUUACGUCACAGUUGAAGCGUGUAACAAAGCUUUCCUGUGUAGCCGCAGUGCCUCUAAUGGCGUUAUCAUGGACAAUUCCCCUCCACUCACUGGUACAGUAGAGGUGGGCACAGAUAGACACCACCGCACAUACCAAGCUCACCAAUCAACUUUAAAUAUACAGUGGACUGGAUUCUAUGACCCUCACUCCUCAAUGCAGAAAUUUGAAUAUUGCAUCGGCAAAAAGCCAUUCCUCUGUGACAUCUUACAAUGGCAACCAGCCUUAUUAACAACUUCUGUUGUUGCACUCAACUUAAACCUUCCUCUGGAUACUUUGCUUUAUGCUUCUGUGAUGGGUUACAACAAUGUGGGUCUCACUUCAACUGGUUCUUCUGCUGGAUUCUACAUUGAUAAAACACCACCAAAAGUUCUGAUGCCACCAAAGGUUCUAAACUUACACAAACUAUCCACUAAUGGCAGUGUCUUCUAUACUACAGACAGCAGUGUUCUGUCAUUGGAGUGGUCAUUUAAAGAUGAUGAGAGUCCAAUAGUUGACCGUUUCCUCAUGUUAUAUCCACAUCACUCUGGUACAACCUUUUCUAAAGAGUUCCAGUUGCCGCCAAUGGAUCAUGCCACUUUGGUUCUGAAAGGAGAAGACAGGCUUCAGGAUGGUUCACUUUAUAACGUUUCUAUGGCAGCGUGCAAUGCUGCAGGACUUUGCACAUUUGUCGAUGCACUUCAGCAGAUUUAUGUUGACAGUACUGCACCAUCCAUGGGCCAUUUCAAACCAGAUAAGCUCAGCUGGGACACUGUCUCAGAAAAUGCAGUAAAUCUAACCAGACUUAACCUGGUUUGGUAUAAUUUCGAAGACGGAGAAUCAGGUAUCAACAGAUAUCACCUAACAAUACGCCACUUAAGUAACCAACUGAUAAGCAAACCCAUAACUGUCUCUCACAAAAGUGGAAUGAAAUACCAAUCUGCCCAAGCAAUACUGAAUGAACUUCUCAUACCAUCAGAUGAACUCAUCAUUGAGAUUCUAGCAGAAAACAGAGUAGGUCUUUAUAGUGCAGUAUUUAAACUGACUGUUAGAAUGGUGAGUAGCUCCAUACAAGGAGACUAUGGACUGCUUGAUAUCCAAAAACACUCUUGUUCUAUACAGUAUUGCAAUAAUGACUGUACUUGUGCUGCUAGUGGUAAAAAAUGUCAAGUGCUCUCUAAAGCCUCAAUGAAAUGUCAUAGUCUACCCGAGGAAAACACUUCUUUAUCAAUAGAUGUAUUAAAUGAUAAAGGCUUUAUUGUAUCUGCUAAAUGUCUCACAGCUUAUUGGAAGGUGAGCAACGUUUCUGCUAUCCAACGUUUUGAAUGGAGUGCAGGUAUCAAGGGUUCCAGUUUUGGUGAUGGUAUCUUCAAUAUUCUAAAAGAAAAUCCUUGGAAAGAUAUUGGUUUGCAAGACCACGUGACGUACUGUUUACCUAAAGGACAAGAUCUAAUGGCUAGUGAAGAAUACAAGUUUUAUAUUAAAGCAUGGUAUUCUGCUGACCAGUUCCGUGUGUUUACAUCUCCAGACACAAUAGAUCUUGAUCUCACUGCACCAGUCGUUCGCCGAGGGGCAUCAGUACGGGACACAACAAAAGGAUGCAGUGAGGAGGAUGUUGACUACAUGACAGCAGUAACAACCAUCGCAGCUUGCUGGAAGGGAGUUUUUAAAGAAUCACAAAGUGUGCUGACACAUUUCAUUGUGAUGGCAGGAACAGCACCUGGUUAUGGAGACCUUUUACCAGCAGAAAUCUUACCAGCAAAUAUUACAGAGAAAGUCAGCCAAGUGAAGUUAGAGAAAGGGAGCAACUAUUAUUUCACAGUGGUGGCAGUUAAUAACCUUGGACUCUUUGUUUCAUUGAGUUCUGAUGGAUUUGUUUUUGACGAUAUACCUCCCUUAGCAGGCAUUGUAUAUAACACAGAGAUCUAUCGCAGCAGUCACCAUCAGAACUUACAAAAGUCUUUUGGAAUAUCCUGGCACGGUUUUGAAGAUGCUCACUCUGCUGUACAAGAAUAUGUAGUGGCAAUGGGCCCAUCCAAGCUCGCUAGUGCUACAUCUCCUUUUACUUCUGUUGGAAUUGCAACACAUCACAAGUUUGAAGUUCUGAAUCUAGACCAAAGCAAGUGCUAUGUAGGCUAUGUUCAAGCGGUUGAUGCAGCCGGUCAUAGAAGCAACAUUUCUCGAUCUCCAGAAGUUUGCAUAGAUAGGACGCCUCCUGAAGGUUUUAUGUGUGAUUCUACCAAAACUAUCAUCCAAAAGGAAUUUGAAGUAAACAACAACAGCCUUCAAGACCAAGAUCAACACUUUAUCACCACACUACAGAUUCAGAUGCACAAGAUCUAUUACAUCUCUUUCACCGUCCUAUCUCAUAUAUACAGACAAAAUAUCAUUUUAUACAUUGGAGACAAUGCAGCCCGUAUUCCUCCUCGAAUACUAUCUGACACUUCUCAAUUCAAAUUCCAUUUUGUAUCUAGAGAAAAUGGAAGGAAAAAUGUUUCCCUUCAGAUUAACGCUGGCAGAGAUUUACCACUAAAAUUCCAAAUGUCUGUAGAUGAGUGUAUAUCAGUUAGUUCAGAUGUAAACAGUGCGUUAGAACUUCGGCAAACUUCACCUACUACAAUAUCAGUCUCCCUUCAAGUACAGGACGAAGACAGUGACAUCGGACAUAUUUACAUUGGUGCUGGAACUACACCACAUGGUUUCCAAAUCAAUCAACUGGCUCAUGUAUCUCCCAGUGGUAUACACACAAUAUACAGUGAGUCUCUUCUCCAUGGACAGCAAGUAUAUGUGACAGCACAAGUGGAAAAUGAAGCAGGGUUAGUUGCUACCUUUACAAAAUCUGUUACAGUUGACAAAACUCCACCUGUUAUCAGUAUGGAGUACUUUGUCAUAUCACAUGAUCAACCAACAACAAUUCUAGUUGAAGCAAAGUGGAAGUCAAGUGACGAGCAGUCUGGUAUUUCUAAAUGCUAUUACAGUAUAGGGACAUCUGAGGACAACACAGCCUUUGUGCAAAAGACAGAAACUUCAGCUAGCAGCAAGAUCAGUAAAAUUCUAUCAACCAAAUCUUUUGGUAACAAACCUAUUGUCAUGAAUGUAAACUGCAUAAAUAAUGCAGGGCUUGAAUUCAAUCUGAUAUCCGGGCCAAAAUCUGCUUUGAAGUUACAUAACCACACCAAAGUUCGCAUGAUUCCAGUCAAUGAAUGGUCCAACACAAAUUCUUGCUGUAUACAAAGUCAUCAAAGUCAAUUGAAGGUUGUUAUUGAACAUUCUGAACAAACUCAAGAUGAUUACGUAUGCAGAAUCACAGAAAAUGGUAAAAUUUACACGAAUUGGAUGUCUGUUGGUUACCGUCGGCAACUGACUUUCAACUCUCUUACUCUAAGAGAUGGAUUUACCUACCAAGCAGAAAUAAAAAGAAAUCACACAACAAAACAAACUGAAAUACUGCGAUCAAAUGAUGUUGUGGUGGACAGUUCCAAGCCAGAAAUAACAGGUUCCUCACUCAGCUGGAAGAGACUAAGUGUAUCUAGUGUGGAAAUAUCAUGGCAGAAUGUGUUUAGAGAGAACAAAUACCAAAGAAACACUUAUUUGGUGAAUAUUGGAAGUCAGGAAGGAAGUUCAAAUAUUGUACACAGAGCUGAGACCACUGAGACCAGUUUAGUGUUUCAGGUUAAGUCGAGCGUGAAAACACUUUACGUGUCCAUCAUGGCAAUUUAUGAGACAAACCUCUCCAACAUCUUUUCUACAACUCUUUACCUGGGCUAAUUUCAAUAUCAAACCAGUGUAAUUAUGUCUUUUGUCUUUGGUUUCUGUUUUUUCAACUAAUAUUAAUUCAUGCACUUGCUAAUUAUAAAUUUUUAUUCUCGUAGCAAUGAUGAUGAUGAUGAUUUUUUAAAAUUCUUUUAGUGGUUUCAGUCAAUUGACUGUUGCCAUGCUGGAGUGAUAUUUAUAAUCUUGAUAUUGAUUCCUUAUAUAAACAUGAGACCUCAGGCAAAUACAGUUAGAACCAUUUUUAAGAUAUUAUAAUGUAAUGUAUGCAGUAAGGUAACUCUUCAUGAAGGUAAAUACACAAUUAGAAAAGCAUGACAUAAAACACAGGUUGGUCUUGUUCAUUACAACUGUACAUCUGUCUUCAGGUUCACUACAUGACAAAUAACAACAACAAUACUAAUAAUAACUAUAAGACCUCUAGGGACAGUGGCAUGAAGUGUAGACAGUUGGUUGAAGAUUUUAGAAUUGAGGCCAAUUUCCUGAACCAAUAGAAAUCCUGUUUGCUCAGUACAACAACCAACUAUAAGAACGGUGCUAGAUACCUAAAGAUGCAGGACAUAACUUGACAUCCUGCAAUCCAAUACUAACAGUAACAAUGAAAAUGCUGAGUGAACAACAAUGACGACAACCCCCCUGGUGCAAUACCAAGCAGUGCUCUCAUGGCUUCUGAUCUUAACUGAUUGGGAGUGUUAUCAAGUAUAUGUUUUGUCAUGGUGUAAAAGAUAGGGGCUACAGCAAAUUUUCUGUACCAUAGAUUUCACCAGUUGAGCAUGUCCCUUAAUGGCUGACUAUAUUUGCAUCUCUGAUCACAGGCAAGCGUAGUGGGGGAGCAUCACAGCAAUGUGUUGAGAGGGUUUCUUAGGGUUUUGAAUAAUUCACC